AUGGGAUUCGUCAGCGCAGACUCUGAGAAGUCUGAUAAUGUUAAAAUUUCAUUAUGGAGAAGUGAAUCAACUGCCAGGAGCAGUAGUAAAUCUAGUGGUGUUGCAUUGGUAAAUGGUAGUGAUACUGGUACAGACGAUUUGGAUGACGGCGGGUUGAGCGACGUGAGUGUCAGUAGUAUAGACAGUUUUUCCAGCUCAUCGAGUACCUCAAGUAGAAGAAUAAAGAAAUAUUUCUGCGAAUAUGAUGGUUGCAACAAAUCGUUUGCGAGGCCCUCGACAUUGACAGAACAUCAGCAGUCCAUUCAUUUGGGGAUUAAGAACCAUAGUUGCGACGUCUGUGGGAGUAAAUUUUCAAGGAAAAGUCAUUUGGAGAGACAUUUAAUAUCGCAUUCAGCUGAAAAACCUUUCCAUUGCUCAUUUUGCGACAAAGGUCUGACUACGAGACAACAGUUAAAGAGACAUGAAAUUACUCAUAGUAAAUCUUUUCAGUGCACGUUUGAAGGUUGUGCUGAAAGUUUUUAUAAACAUCCUCAACUCAGAGCACACGUAUUGUCUGUGCAUUUAGAAAAAUUGAAAUGUCAAUUCUGCGGGAAGAGCUUCCAAAGACCAUAUAGAUUAAAAAACCAUUUGACAAAGCAUCACAACCCAGAGGUAGAGAAUCCGUACCCUUGUUCGUAUAACAACUGUACAAAGAAUUUCAAGACUUGGACCGCAUUGCAAAGGCAUUUAAAAAAUGAUCAUCCCAAGGUUAGAUGUGAAGUAUGUGAUAAGCCAUGUGUUGGUGAGAGUGGGUUAAAAAUGCAUAUGAAAAUACAUGACGACAAAUUGGUAAUUAAAAAUUGGAAAUGUAACAUAUGUGAACACGAACUGUUGGAUGAAGAUUUGAAAUCAGAAGAGAAAUCGUUCGCAAAGAAAAAUGAAUUGUUGAAUCAUUAUAGAAAAGAACAUAAUGAUCAUAUACCCGACGAACUGCUUAUAGAUUUUAACACCGAUGAAGAUCAGAUUUUCAGAGAAAAUGAUGUAUCUGUUUCAAACAGGGAUUCAUCUGGUAUUGCGAACCAUAAUAAUUUUGAUACCGAUGAUAAUAAUGUGAGGAAGAAGAGAAAACUAACAGAUUCAAUGAUAAUUCUAAAUGAAGAAAAAUUAGGAAGGUGCAUAAAUGGUGAUGAUAUGACAUGCGAGCUUGCAUUAUCAUCAAACAACAGUGAUUUAAGAAACUAUGAGACUAAGAAAGGUACCAAUGCAUUGAGCCUUCUAAUGGAUACUGUUGGUAGAAAACUAAGUUGCUAUUUCCCAGGUUGUAGAAGAACAUUCAAAACAAAGGAACGAUUUGAUAAACAUAUUUCAAAGCACAAUAUCCAUCAACUAAAAUUGAAAAUUGCAUUGGAAAAGGAACAGGGAUCUAAAGAAAAUAAAUAA